UAUGUAUAAAUGGUGCCUAAUGUUUGUUCUCUGUGUUACGAAGCAAUUCGGAACCGGCUCAGCCCGAUGAUAUUGAAAUAUUCCAGUAGCGUAUUUCGUUGUGUUUAGACCUGUUAAUAGCUUCUUGCUGAAUUGAGGUAGUUAUCAUUCCUAGACACACCAACACCUCCCCAAAAAUGAAAUCAUUCAUCGUGAUAUCCCUCGCCCUGAUCGUGGUCGUGACCGCCCAGAACAACAGGUACACCUCCAAGUACGACGGUAUCGACAUCGACGAGAUUCUCAAAUCGAACCGACUGUUCAACAAUUACUACAAAUGCCUGCUGGACCAGGGCCGUUGCACCCCAGAUGCCAACGAGCUGAAGCGAAUCCUGCCGGAAGCCCUGCAGACCAACUGUGAAAAGUGUACCGAAAAACAGCGCAAAGGUGCCGUCCAUGUCAUCAACUAUCUGAUCGAGAACCGAUCGUCUCAGUGGAAGGUUCUGCAACAGCGGUACGAUCCUGGCAAUGUGUACAUCACCAAGUACCAGAAGGAGGCUCGUGCCUCCGGAAUUAAGAUCUAGAACCAGCUAGUAAUCUUCAACUCUACCUCUCUACUCUACCGAUAUUGAUUGAUUGGGAGUCGGUUUGUCCCCAGAAUCAAGAAACCAAAGCUUCGAAGUAUUAUUUCUUUCGCUCUUCUACCACCUGUACACGGCAACUCUCGCAGGAGUCGCGGAAACGAUAUUGAAAGCGCUAAUAAAUUCAGAACGCUUACGAUUUUUUACAAACAAA